AUGAAUGUAGGCUUGUUUAGAUACUACUUUACGUCCCAAAAAUGCUCCGACAAACCGUUUACGAAACCGUCAACUCUUGUGGAGACCUUCCUGUGCAUCGAUUUCCAUCAACGAAGACUUGUUUGGAUACUACUUCACGUCCCGAAAAUGCUCCGACAAACCGUUUACGAAACCGUCAACUCUUGUGGAGACCUUCCUGUGCAUCGAUUUCCAUCAACGUAG